GGCGGGUCGGGGACCCGAGGAGGCGGGGGGAGAGGGCGCGCGUCGCGAUUCCGGGGCCAGUGCGAGCCGCCCGCGUCCCCUUGGUCCCCGCGUCGCCUCGGCCCACGGACGCCGUCCAGAGCCCACCACCUUUCUCCGUGGGAACCAGGGAACCAGAGCACCAGAGCCUCUGCUGUGCCCUCCCAGGGACCGGGCAGGUGGCAUCUCCCCAGGUUGUGCCAGUUUGUCCCCAGGCCAUCAGCCGACCAGAGCGAAAGGAAGUGCGUUCGUUCGGUGUGCCGGAGGAUAAAAGAAGACUGGAAACAUGUCGGAGUUUUGGUUAAUUUCUGCCCCUGGCGAUAAGGAAAAUUUACAAGCGCUGGAGAGGAUGCACACGGUCACCUCCAAGUCCAACCUGUCUUAUAACACCAAAUUCACCAUUCCCGAAUUCAAGGUGGGGACCUUGGAUUCCCUUGUUGGUCUCUCUGAUGAGUUGGGGAAACUCGAUGCCUUUGCUGAAAGCCUCAUAAAGAGAAUGGCCCAGAGCGUGGUGGAAGUGAUGGAAGAUGCGAAGGGGAAGGUCCAGGAGAACCUUCUGGCCAACGGAGGUUUGAAGGAAAAAAUGAAAUAUUUAAAGACUGACUUAACAUCCUUCGUGACCCACUUCGAGUGGGACAUGGCCAAGUAUCCUGUCAAGCAGCCGCUGGUGAGCGUGGUGGACACUCUGGCAAAGCAACUGGCACAGAUUGAGACGGACCUCAAGUCCCGAACCGCCGCCUACAACACUCUGAAGACAAACCUGGAGAAUCUGGAGAAGAAGUCCAUGGGAAACCUCUUCACUCGGACGCUGAGCGACAUUGUGAGCAAAGACGACUUCGUGUUGGAUUCGGAGUAUCUGAUCACACUGCUGGUCAUUGUCCCCAAACCGAGCUACUCACAAUGGCAAAAAACCUACGAAUCCCUCUCGGACAUGGUAGUCCCUCGGUCAACCAAACUGAUUGCGGAGGACAACGAGGGCGGCCUCUUCACCGUGACUCUGUUUCGAAAAGUGAUUGAUGAUUUCAAAACCAAAGCCAAAGAGAACAAAUUCACUGUCCGUGAAUUUUACUAUGACGAAAACGAAGUUAAAAGGGAGAGAGAAGAGAUGACGAGAUUGCUGUCGGAUAAGAAGCAACAAUAUCAAACUUCCUGUGUUGCUCUUAAAAAGGGAUCCUCCACCUUCCCGGACCACAGGGUCAAGGUAACCCCGCUAGGUAACCCCGAUAGGCCCGCUGCGGGGCAGACGGACAGAGAGAGAGAGAGUGAGGGCGAGGGUGAGGGCCCUCUGCUCCGAUGGCUCAAGGUGAAUUUCAGCGAAGCCUUUAUCGCCUGGAUCCACAUCAAGGGCCUGAGAGUGUUUGUGGAGUCUGUGCUCAGGUAUGGACUGCCGGUGAACUUCCAGGCAGUUCUCCUGCAGCCUCAUAAGAAGUCAUCCACCAAACGUCUAAGAGAGGUUCUGAACUCCGUCUUCAGACACCUGGAUCAGGUCGCAGCUGCGAGUAUACUGGAUGCGUCCGUGGAGAUCCCUGGCUUGCAGCUCAGCAACCAAGACUACUUUCCUUACGUCUAUUUCCACAUCGACCUGAGCCUCUUCGACUAGGACGGCGACGAGCUGGCACCGCUACCCCCGCACCUUCCCGCGGUCCCCGGGCGCCUCCUUCCUUCUGCCAGAGAACAGUCUAAGCAGCCUACAGAACUGAGAUGUCGAGAGAAACUGCUCACGAAAAUCAGUUACAGUCGUAUUUAUUUUUUUUAAGUUAACAAUAAAGAGGUGUUCUCAGUCCUUUGAGUUGUCUCGUCACUUAAGAGUCUAACGUAAUUCAAACCUUCGAGUUCCUGAAUGUUUUGCACAAAUGGGGACUUCCUAGAAAUCGGUUACGUGCUGCUGAAUCUCACACCUUCGUGGACAUGUCACGAGGGUCUAGGAGCAACGUGAAAAGCCUCGGGCUGACCGUGUGACCUGCUACCUUCCUACGGGUCACCGGUGAUGCCCUGAGACCCCGCGCUGGGCGACGAAGGCAGUUCUCACUCGACAAUCCACCGAUUUUCAUCCUUCGCUAACCCCCCUCCGCGUUUCCCGCUCACGGCUGGAACGCAGCCUCUCGGGACCCGGGUGAGAUGCGUGUGGGGCAGGCAUCCAGCUAGUGUCCUGAGACCACAGGCCGAUCCACGGGAGGAGAGACGGCCAGCUCGUCCCUUCCUAACUGGCGACACACUGGACUCCGCGUUUAGGAUGUGGACACUAAUUUCAUACGUUUAUUGGCAUUGUCCAAAAUACCGUUUUAUUCUUUAAUGGAAAAAAGCCAUUAAUAUUCAAAUGAAAGGAUCACAUUAAAAAACUUGGAUGUAGGAAACAGCCUCCGCGAACACUCAAGCAGCAGUCAGAGGAGGGAGGGAAAGGUUUCAACAGCCCAUCCGCUUUCUUCAAAAUAGUGACAGAAUACAACCCAAUUCACUGGCUACGACAAUUCAUAGAAUGUCGCAUCAUUUUCUUGAGACGCACACGUUCCCUGCCGCAGUGUUUUCAAAUGACGGAUCGAGUGCUACUUCUUGGUUAAAAAGGCCACUGGUAGAGUCAUCUGUUUGUGAAGCGUGUUCCUUCACUGCUGGAAAAUCUGCUCCC